UGCACAGAUGAAGAAACACAUUAAAUUACAAGCAACAGGGAAAGUCACGGAGCCUUUGAAAAAAGUCAUUGGAGCGACUGCAGUGGAUAUUUCUGUUUGUCACAUGACACUGUAUUUUGUGUCAUAAAUAAUUAGUGCCCUCCAGUCACCUCUGCAUCAGGGCCAUAUGUCUCUCUGUAAGCUGAGCUGUAUUGAGGGAGUCAUUGGGUGAUCUGAUCCCCUCUCACGAUGACACGACUUCUCAGCAUUGAAACCGAUCAGAUGUCCCUCUUUCCCACUAAGAGUCUGUCUCAGUAGGUAAUAGUGAGAGUUAAGAAGACAAGAAGAGACAAAAAAUGAACAGAUCAACACAAAGAACAAGUUUCAAGCUAAUCAGACAAGAUGGACUUUAUAACUCUAUUAGAUGAGUGUUUGAAGUAAGUCAUGGCUAAUCCAGAGGAGCUGGAGUCUGCAGCAGGUGUAGAUGCUGGGGCUGAUAUAAAUGGAGGAUCUAUUAUUCCCUGUAGAGAAACAACACAAGCAGAUGGUCAGGGUACAACCGAACAGAUAUAUCCUGAGAAAAUAGAGGUGGUCUCUGUAACUGAGAAUGACAUUCCUUCUGUGGAUACCCCAACCCUGCACAAUACCAGUCCGCUGGACAGUUCAAGUGCCAGUCCUGCACCAGAUGACAGCACCGUCAAACCAACCAAAGACCCCCUCACAGAAACCCCUUCAGCCCAGCCCAGCCUUUCAAUGCCAGUUACCAAAGUACAGCCUUUUGUUACAGAGGAUAAGACACUUAGGGGGAGAUGGUUUGCACGCAGGAUGGAGAUACUUAUUGGGGCCUGUGUCCUGCUCAUCCUCACUAUUGUGCUUGGAAUUGGAUUGGGCGUUGGGUUAAGCUGUACAGGGAAGUUUCGAUGUGCCUCUGGGUGCGUAAGCAUGUCUGCACAGUGUGAUGGGCACUUUGAUUGUGCACACGGAGAAGAUGAGCUGAGCUGUGUGCGUCUGAGUGGAAAGAGCUCUGUACUUCAGGUGCUCAUUGAAGGCACCUGGAGGACUGUUUGUGCAGAGAACUGGGACUCUGAGCUUUCUCUCUCCGCUUGCAAACAGCUCGGAUAUCUGAGAUAUGUGGAGUCAAAAGCUCUUCCUCUGUCCUCUAUUGAGCAGGACUUCCAAAGUAACCUGGUGUCAAUAAGUAUGAACAACACAAAUGUCCAGCAGGCCAUCAAGAUACACAAUAUCACCAGUUUCAGUAAAACCCAGUGCAGUCUGGGGAUGAUAACAUCACUUAAGUGCAUAGCUUGUGGUUCCAGACCUAAGUUGAAUGCUCGUAUAGUAGGCGGUAACCUUUCGGUUGAGGGUCAGUUCCCCUGGCAGGUGAGCCUGCACUUUCAGAACGAGCACCUGUGUGGAGGCUCCAUUAUAUCAUCUCGCUGGAUAGUGACUGCUGCACACUGUGUAUACGGGUUUGCAUACCCUGUGCUGUGGAACGUCUAUGUGGGUUUGAUUGACCAACCGGUCAAUACAGUGCAGUCUCUCGCAGUGGAGAAGAUAAUUUAUCACAGUCGCUACAGACCUAAGGGCUUGGACCAUGAUAUAGCUCUGAUGAAACUGGUGCAGCCCCUCAGCUUCAAUGGUUUUGUGGAGCCUAUUUGUCUGCCGAACUUUGGGGAGGAGUUUGAGGAUGGUAAAAUGUGCUGGAUCUCAGGAUGGGGUGCCACAGAUGAUGGAGGUGAAGGGAGUGUUUCGCUGCUUUCAGCAAGAGUGCCCCUGAUCUCUACAAAAGCCUGCAGUCAGCCAGAAGUUUACCAAGGUUAUAUAUCACCAGGCAUGAUCUGCGCAGGAUACUUAGAUGGGGGAACAGACUCCUGCCAGGGUGACAGUGGUGGUCCAUUAGCUUGUGAGGAUUCCUUCACCUGGAAAUUGGUGGGAGCCACGAGCUGGGGGGAAGGCUGUGCAGAAAAGAACAAACCUGGGGUUUACACGCGUAUCACACAGUCCCUCACCUGGAUACAUCUGCAGAUGGAGAGAGAAGAAAUACUUCAUCCCUCUGCUACCAGCUCUGAUUAUUGAGACGUACAGCUUAAUUAUGGGAAAUGCAACAUCAUGGAACUGAAUCCAGGCGGACUCCACAAAAAAAACCAAAGCCUGUCCCAAGCUGCACCUGUCACUGUAUGUCAUAUAGAAGCACAGCGCAAGAAAUCAUUAUAUUACAUACACUCAAAUCUGAAAAAGUUUUAUUUGGUGUAAGUAGUCUUAUACAGUACUUGCUAUUGUAUUAAGAAAUACCUGCCAAAGACUCCUCUGAUGUGUCAUGAAUGAUAAAAUACACAAAUAUUUCCAGAGACACGCAAGUGACAGUGUGCUUACAUCUAAUAUGCAAUAAAUAUGGAGGAAAAAAGGACAAAGACCCCAUCCAUGCAGAAAGUAUUUUCACUGUUGCAAACAUUGUAAAGGCUUUAAUGUUAUACUGUUGUAGUGUUUACAGUCUUUAAAUAAUUGUUUAAAAAAAACAGCACACAAUAGACAACAUUUAAGGUCAAAUGGUGGGGCAAAAUAUGCAGACUUGACCUUUAUUUCAUUUUAAUAUGGACAUUUUAUGCCAUAAUUACCAAAGCAUCUUUAAUAACUCUGAUUGUUAAGGGAAGCUUUGUACACGUUAGAUCAAACUACAUUAACCUACAUAGCAAAAACAAGAGGUCCCUCUGAAACGAAGGAACAUCUUCAGCAUAAGGAUGAAGAAUACUGGAAGAGACUUUGAUUGAACUCAUCUUACUACAUUUAAUCAACAUUUCAGGCUUUCUGUGCUUAUCAGCGGAAUAGUAAAAAAAAAAAAAAAAAAAAAUUACGAAUAUGCAAGGCAUUUUGUAUGCGAGUGUUAAAACCAAUUUACAUUUUUAAAAAUGGUUUACCCAACAUUUUUUUCUAAAAAACUUUUGUCAUCCUCUGAAAACAGGGCAGAUAGUAUAGUUUAUGUACAUAAAUAUUCCCUAUAAAACACAAAC